GCAGCCUGUAACACACGAGACUUUUCCAACUUCAAUCCAGUUGAAACACGACUUAUCCUCUACUGCGGCGUAAUCUUUACAUUACAUUAGAUGAUUUGAAUCCUCCUCUUCAGCUUUUCUACAAUCUACGCUAAAACUUGAAUCGGACUACUAGCACUCUAGUAGUAGAAGAUCACAAGAUUCUUCCAAAGAAUGGCUCAGCAACCCAAUAUAGCCAUCAUUGGAGCUGGGAUUUUUGUUAAAACUCAAUACAUUCCCAGAUUAGCUGAAAUCUCUAAUCUCUUUGUACUCAAAGCUAUUUGGAGUCGGUCUGAGGAAUCAGCUAGAGAUGCUGUUGAGGUUGCUAGAAAGUUUUUCCCGGAAGUGGAAUGUAAGUGGGGUGAUGGGGGACUUGAUGAGAUAAUCAAGGACAGUUCCAUUAUUGGUGUUGCUGUAGUUCUGGCUGGCCAGAUUCAGGUGGAUAUGUCAUUGAGGCUGCUGAAAGAAGGAAAGCAUGUCCUUCAAGAGAAACCAGCUACAGCUUCCAUUGAUGAAGCGGAAGCUGCACUGUCCUCCUACCAUUCUUUGCGGACCCACUUGCCUUUUCAACCUGUUUGGGCAGUUGCAGAAAAUUAUCGUUUUGAACCAGCUUUUGAGGAGAGCAAAAAGCUAAUGGCUGAAGUUGGAGAUGUGAUGAGUAUCCAAGUUAUUAUUGAAGGAUCAAUGACUAGCUCAAAUCCGUACUUCUCAAGUUCUUGGAGACGCAACUUCACUGGUGGUUUCAUUCUUGACAUGGGGGUUCAUUUUGUCGCAGGAUUGAGGAUGCUUGUUGGAUGUGAGGUGUCCUCGGUGUCAGCCUUGACUUCUCAUGUAGAUUUGACUUUGCCUCCCCCUGAUAACAUCUCAUCUACGUUUCAACUGGAGAAUGGCUGCACUGGAGUUUUCGUGCUGGUGGUAUCAUCGAGAUCACCAAAGAUACUCUGGCGAGUUGUGGGUCUAAAUGGAACACUUCAAAUUGAGAGGGGUAACCAAGAUGGAAAGCAUGGGUACUUGGUUACUCUUUACCUCGCUAAUGGGCAGAAUAAGAGCUUCUUCCACCCAUUUAGUGGGGUUACUGAAGAACUAAAGGCUUUCCUGUCCGAAAUUUCUCAGGCUACUCUAAAGAAGGAUAGUAGCUAUGAAGUGGAACGCCGCUUGUCAUUUGUGGAAGGUGUCAGGGAUGUUGCUGUUUUGGAUGCAAUGCUUGAAUCUGGAAAGAGGCAAGGCGCUCCUGUACAAGUGAAGAGAUUUUAGAUUCAAAUUGUUGAUUCACCUGUCCCACUAUAGCAUUGAGUUCCAUUAAGAUCCUCCAGCUAGGAACAGAGCGCAUAUUAAGAAUAAAACUAGUCUGAGUCUGGAAUCUCUCUCUUUACCUAUAGAUACACAAUUUGAACAUGCAUGUACUUGUACAUGUAAGACUUACAAUGUCUUAGUGGCUAGUCACCUUAUAAGGAAAGGCAUGUUACUCGUUCGCUGUUUGCAGAUUCUGUCCUUAUUGCAUAUUAUUUGGACCGUAAAUGGAGCAACUUCUUGAUAAGUUACAUCA